AUGAUGGCUCACAGUCAGAGCAACAGCAAGUCCCACCGCAGGACUUCGCUGCCUUGCAUUCCACGGGACCAGUCGUCAGGCACAAGUGUGGUAGUGGACAUCGCAGUGAUGGGUGAAGCGCAUGGAUUGAUAUCAGACUUGCUGGCAGACCCCUCACUGCCCCCUAACACCUGCAGCUCUCUGAAGGCAGUCAGCAGCCUCCUCAGCACCCAGAUUAUCCUCCAGCCACUCCAUCGGCCGCACAUGCCACCAGUCGCAAACGCCUGCUCUGACUCAGAGGAUGGGCCAGAUAAAGUAGAAAGACUGGCCAUUCCAAAGCGUCUAAGGCGGAGCCUUCCCCCCGGUUUGUUCCGGAGAAUCUCAUCAACGUGGACCACAACCACGUCAGCCACUGGGCUACCUGCCAUUGAGCCUGGACCUGUACGUAGAGACCGCUCAGCGAGCAUCAAAUACACCACCGAAAGUGAAUCAUGGAGAAACUCAGUAAUGACAACAAUUUCAAAAAGCCGUUCCAUGUCCGCCUCCUGUGCUGCAUCUGUCACAUUAAACCACUUCUGCAGCAAACCGCUGGGAAGACCAGGUUUCACCCACUCCAACAUAUCACCUCUGGGCUCUCCAUGUCCGUCGCCCCCUGUUCAGGGCUCUCCUGUCUCCAGUCCAACCAUCAAGACAUGUUCAGUUCAGCUUCCUGAGAUUGCCGGGCCGCUGACAGAGCAAACCGCUGGCUGUGUGGUCUCCAAGAGCCACCACCGAGCUUUAACUCACAGCCAGAGCGCCCCGAGCUCCACCACUCCUCACUGGCGACCUCCAUCACACUGUCGGAGCUGCGGCAGGCCGUUUAGCAAUCGACUAAACCAUGGGGUGGAAUCUAUUGUUAAGACAGACCGAAUACCCCGUCCAGAUGAGCGCGCGGUAACCUCAUCAGACUAUGACAGCACCUAUGACAGCACUUAUGAGACCAACCACAGUGACAGCAGCGACUUUGCACAGAAUGAGGAAGAGGCCGAAGCAGGCAAGAAAUUGUCUGAGGCACGGGAAGGCUGCCCAGAGUACUCAUCGGAGAGCAUCGUUUUGCACCCCCUGUUGCCAUCUCCUGAGGUUAGCAAACAUACAAAAAACAAGCUAAUCGUGGCCACAGAACCUCUGGUGAUGCCAGGGUUAGAUCCUCUUCUGAGUCAACUCAACAAAUGGAAUUUUCCAAUUUUUAGCCUUGUGGAGAGGACUCACGGAAAAACGGGUUGCAUUCUCAGCCAGGUGUCCUACAGGCUUUUUGAAGACUCAGGUCUGUUUGAGACCUUCAAGAUUCCUGUAGUCGAGUUCAUGAACUACUUUCAUGCUUUGGAGAACGGAUAUAGAGAUAUUCCUUAUCACAACAGGAUUCAUGCCACUGACGUUCUGCAUGCUGUUUGGUAUCUCACCACUCAGCCUGUGCCCAGUUUGCCCUCUCUUGUGACUGAGAACGGCAUACACAACGAGACGUAUUUUGUUUUUUGUUUUGUCUCUUUGCCCAAAGACUCGGCAAAUGGCAUAACCCCCGGUGCUACGUCCUUUCUGUCAUCCAAGAGGCACUCUUUGCUGGAAGAAGGCUAUGGCUCAUUGUCAGGCCUAAUUCCAGGCCUGGAGCUGAUGGCCUUGUAUGUAGCUGCUGCCAUGCACGAUUAUGACCAUCCAGGAAGAACUAAUGCCUUUCUAGUAGCAACGAGUGCACCACAGGCUCUGCUAUACAAUGACCGUUCUGUUUUGGAAAACCACCAUGCUGCUGCAGCGUGGAACCUCUUCAUGUCUCGUCCGGAGUACAACUUCCUGGUUAACCUUGAACAUGUGGAGUUCAAACGCUUCCGAUUUCUUGUCAUUGAAGCAAUCUUGGCCACGGACCUAAAAAAACACUUUGACUUCCUUGCAGAGUUUAAUGCCAAGGUGGGUGACGAAGGAAUGUCUGGUAUUGACUGGACGAACGAAAAUGACCGAUCGUUGGUUUGCCAGAUGUGCAUUAAGCUCGCUGAUGUCAAUGGACCACUGAAGUGCAAGGAGCUGCACUUGCAGUGGACUGAGGGGAUUGUCAAUGAGUUCUAUGAACAGGGGGAUGAGGAAGCAAGCCUGGGCCUUCCCAUCAGCCCAUUCAUGGACCGGUCAGCACCGCAGCUUGCUAAACUACAAGAAUCCUUCAUCACUCAUAUAGUGGGUCCCCUCUGCUCCUCAUACAAUUCGGCCGCUCUGAUGCCAGGUGACUGGGUUGACCUGCCGGAAGAGCAGGAGGAGCCAGAAGAGGCAAAGGAGAGUCAAGAUAUUAAAGAGGAAGAGGAAGAUUUGGAAAGGCAAAAGACAAAAAAGGAAAGCAGGAGGAAAGUGUUCUGCCAGAUCACAUCGCACCUUUUGGAGAACCAUGAGAUGUGGAAGAGAGUAAUUGCUGCAGAAGUCCAGGAGGAGGCUCUAAAAGAAGACCCUAACUGUCUUAGUACCUCCACUGACCCAAUCACCGCUAUACACGAGGAAGAAGAGGAACAAGGAAGCAAAGAGGAGGACGAUUUGACUGAAUGCUUUGAUAAAAGUGAAGAAGCACCCGCUAUAGAAGACGAAGACAUCCUCUUACAAUCGGAGACGUCAGGAGCGAAAGAGGAGGAAUCUGAGUGA